CGCGGGGCGGGGCCUGCGGUGAGCCUCCGCAGUACUGGUUACGUGUUGGGUCCUGCGGCAAUCGCCGACUCACAGUUAGACCGAGAGAGGGCCUGGAGAGCGGCUUUGGGCUGCUGAACCUCCCCGCAGACCAGGAGCACUGGCAAGGGCAGGGGCCUGUCCCAUGCCCUCGGUGCCCUGCCCCUGCCCCGACUAAGUUGGAUCCACCUACCCAGGCGCUCUCUCACCUCCACUCAUGGCGCACCUGCUUGCCCUGCUCCUGGUGGCCGUGGUGGGCCUGCCUCUGGCCCAGGCCCUGGACUGCCACGUGUGUGCCUACAAUGGAGACAACUGCUUCAACCCCAUGCGUUGCCCCACCAUGGUUAGAUACUGCAUGACCACCCGUACCUACUAUACCCCAUACAGGAUGAAGGUGAGCAAGUCAUGCGUGCCCAGCUGCUUCGAGACCGUGUAUGAUGGCUACUCCAAGCAUGCAUCCACCACCUCCUGCUGCCAGUAUGACCUCUGCAAUGGUGCUGGCCUCACUGCCCCAGGGACCCUGGCCUUGGCCUCCAUUCUUCUGGCCACCAUCUGGGGUCUGAUCUAAGUCCUGCUUCCCCCGGGAGACCACUCAAGAACAAGCCUCGGAGAGACAGUUGCACCCUCCCACACUGCAUACUCCCCCGCCAACUUUCAGCUCUGAGACCCCUCAACUGUACCAGGGCCCAGGGCUGUCUGUAGGUGGACUCCUGUCCUCCAGCCACCCACAAGGCCUCACUCCCAGGCCAUGACUGCUCGCUGUCACAGGGCUGGUGUGUGGGCCUGGCCUUGAUGGACAGACUGGGGUCCUCCUCUGGUCACAGGCCAGGGUAUCUGGCAAAAGAACAGCUGCUGAGGGCAGGGGCAGUCAUUUGGCCUGGGAAUUCUUACUUGAUGGAACCCUUCUGUGCAGCAGGCCCCUGCUGCAAUCUACAAAGUAGGUGGUAAGUGUGCUGGGGGGGGAGGGAGAUUAUGAACCUACUGGGUCAUCAGCAGGAUCCAGCAGGGUUAUCUCUGCUUCCCACUGAGGCCAGCAGUCAUCCAGAGCAGGUACGAAAUGAGGGCAUGUGUGGAGGCCUUUAUCACCACAGCUGUCCCAGGAAGAGGACUAGACCUGGUAUCACAGCAGCUCUUGGUUUAGGAGGGGAUGGCUCUGCUUCAACAGGCCCCUGAGGCCCCUCUAGCCCCAGAAGCCAUCCAGGGUGCAGAGGUGGUGCCAUCCAGUUCAUUCCAAUCCCUUGACCUCUCCACCCCCACCCCACCCUGAGUUCAAGCCAGGGGCCCUGCUAUAUUUGUUCCAGCCUGUACAGGAUGAAAGCCAGACUAUUCUGGGCAGGACAGCACAGCAGGUCCUGUGGGGGAGGGGGAGGGAUGUGUCCAUGUGUCAGAUGGCCUGGAGGGGCACAGGGUAAGGUCAGCUGGCCUGCACGGGCAGAGCAGGGGAAUGGCAUGCCAAUCCAAGACCAGGCUGCCCCUAGCUCUGUCCAUAGGUCCCUGGGCCAGUCCCACCAGGACAAGUGUGCAGGUAUCCAGCCCAGGUCUGCACCAGUGGCCCAGGAGUCCUGUGGGACCCUUCUGCCCUGGUAAAGUCGACAGGGAGGGCAUGAGGUCUGCCCUGGGCUGAAGCAUCAGACUUCGGUAAGCGCCAUUAGUUGCUCCCCAAGAAUACAACUUCAGAGCAAAUUUGGGAGGCACAGUUCUGCCUAACAUCACCAUCUGAAUGUGGGUGGCCCAGGGAGUGCCUGCCUCCUCCUGCGAGGCUGGGUAGGGCUGUCCUCUUCACUCACAGUGCCUCUGCUCAGGUGAGAGUCCUCUGGCUGAGGGACUCCUCAAGCUGGCCCAGCCCAGGAGGGCAGGAUAGCACCAGUUUCCUUGUGGUGGAAUUGUCCCUGGCCCCAAACACAGCCCUCCUGGGAGCCCUGCUGGAUGUUGCACCCUGAGAGCUGCUUGGAUGUGUCCCUGGAGGGGGUUCUUCUCCAUAGCCUUGUACAGGACUAGGGUCUCCUCCUGGAGCUCUGUUCCUGUGGCUAGGGGGUGCUUUCUUGCCUCAGUUUCUUCCUUGAAAGGAUGGGGUUUGGGGGUAGAAGGUGGAACUGAAGGCCCCCAGUGAGGGGACAUUUCACUUUCCAGAAGAGUGAUGGUUUUCACACAAGGGCAGGAGGGGGAAAGGGACAAACAGAACAGGGCAGGCUUGGUAGACAGACAGACAGACAGACAGACACACACACACACACACACACACACACACACAGUGGGGAGGAGGUCAAGGGCUGAGCCCAGAGAAGAGCAACCCUGCCCUAGACUGCGGUCUCUUUCCCUGCGGACUCCAUCAACAAGCAGCAGCCUUGGAGCCAUAACCAGUGCAGGCCCAGGUCCUGCCGGGAGGAUCCAGAUGAGACUGUGAGUCAGUGGGAGGUGCCUGAGGAGCUGUCAUCACCUCCUUUGCGCAAGUCCAUUGCACAAGUGGUGUCCUGUCCCAGAGCUGGGAGGGCCCCAAGAAGGGCCUCCCUUUCAUCUCAGUGGAGUGCUGGGUCACCUGUGGGCUCAGGGUGUUGGGGGCACCCAUCUAGGGGCCACAGUGACCAUGCUGUCCCCAGCCUGGGAUUCCCACAGAUAGUGUCCUACUUGGCUGAUCUGUCCUUGGUUCUGUCAGUGCCCAGCACAGGAGGUGCUCACCUAGUGGGAGGUGAUGGCACUCCAGGUAGUGGUAUUGGCUCGUUUGUCCUGGCCCUGUCCAGGGCGGUGUGACAAAUACCCAUCUACUCCCACUACUCGUGGCUCAAAGUGCUCCAGGGCAGUCUGCCAGCUGGGAACCACAGUCACGCUCCUUUGAUACUGGGGAAACAAAGGCACAGACAGAUGAAGGGCUUAGUUGUCCCCAGGUCAACUGGCUCCCUGCUCAACUCCACCCCACCCACCAAGCAGGCUUUUUCCCCACCAGCUGGCAUUCACCGGGGCUCUACAUCCCUAUCCCUGGGAGGGGGACAGUGGGUUUCUAACCCUCAGAGAAUUUUAGCAUGUUAGAUCCUUCUAGAGCUGGAAAGCUUAGGGAGGAAAUCCACACCAGAGGUCUGAGGAGUCCAGGACUGGAAUCAAGUGUGGAGCAUCCAGCCCUGUGUCUAGAUGCAGGAGGAAGAGACAUGGGAUGGAGGGACAGAGAAAAAGGCAAAGGAAUAUCAGGCACCGUGAGGCUGGCCUUUCCAUGGGGGCCCAGGACCUUGGCCAAGCCAGUGGGCAUUCCAACUCUGGGGCAACAAGGACCCUUCAACAUGAUUGGUCAUCCAGGGCCACUCCCUGUGGAGAAGCAGCCUGGAACUCUCAAAAGGGGCUUCCUGCUGCUCUGUGGCACCAUGGAGUGCACCAUGAGAUGCGACAGAGCCGGAAGAAGAAGCUGGCACUGAGGCAUUGACCUAGAGAUGCAGCCAGCUGCAGAGGCCUUGUCAGAAUUGUCAGGGUAACACUGUGGCAGGCCCCUCUCCUGCUGGCCAAUUUCCCUGGGCCCCAGGAAGGGAAAACAGAUCAAUGGCUUCUUCACCUCCCUUUACAGCCUCUGAUUUAUUGCAGUGAUCUUCUGUCUUAUUUCUGAGGUCCAGGUGCUUCCUUUGCCAAUUUCCUUGCUGUCUCUCACCCUGAUCUGGACCUGAAAUUUCACCCUUAGGCAGAGCCCCUUUUCACUCCAUGCUCGACACUGUAUACCAGUACCUCGGAGAGUUCCCAACAGCAUCCCUCAUGGAAUGGGUGAAUAAAUGGAUGGAUGCACA